AUGGACACUGAAGUUUUGUAUUGUCGCUGGCAAAAUUGCAACAAAGGCUUCUCGGACCCUGAGCUCUUGUACAGUCACCUUACGAACGACCAUGUUGGUCGAAAAUCCACUGGCAACCUUUGCUUGACUUGUCACUGGGAGAAUUGCGAUGUCUCCGUAAUCAAACGAGACCACAUUACUAGCCAUCUACGAGUUCACGUUCCUCUCAAACCACACCAUUGUAGUUUUUGCAACAAGUCGUUUAAACGGCCUCAAGAUUUGAAGAAGCAUGAAAAAAUCCAUAGUGAAGAGCAUGUUUCUUCGUUACGAAGUAACCAAGCACGACAAGAACAGCAGCAUCCAAUGACACCGCCCGAUAUUGCAUUAUCACCAGCUUCUUCUUCUUCUUCUUCGACCGAACCCCACCUGCAACAUCCUUCACCUCCUUCACGCAACACACCCAUCUCGCCACCACAAAGCACUUAUUCUGAAGAUAGCUGGAUGCAUCCAUCGCCAAUCACCGAUGCCUGCGACAAUUUUGCUGCUCCUCCCCACAUGAAACAGACUGGCUUUGACGGCGCAGACCAGUAUCAACUGAUUGCGGGCCUGAUCCCUGAUGAGCCUAACAUGAAGGCCGAGUACAAUCAGGAUAUUGCGAAUCGAUUGUCCAUGCUCGAGAACAUGAUGGGUGGUAACAAUGCCACCAUCAGUCCGCAAAACAUGAAUCUGGAUAUUAUGAAUGACCAACAGCUGGCAGACAUCAAUGCAUGGCUCGCACGACUUUCUGGCAGCAUUCCGCCGGACCAGCAACAACAACAACAACAACAUCAUCAUCAACAUUUACAACAUCAGCCCCAUCCGCACCAUCAAGUGACGCCGCCUCCGGUGGACCAUAAAAUGUUCCAACAAGAAGAACAAUGCCUGUAUCAAAACAACUAUUCCUACUACGAGACACCAGCACCGUCGUCGUGCUAUACCACCCCACCGCCCACCACCACCGACAUCAUGCUUCAAUCGUUUAACGACCAGCCGCAAGACAUGGGCAUGCUGUAUCCACAAGCGGCUCAACAAGCAGCAGCAGAACAGGAUAUGUAUGUCCGAUCGCAUCCUGUAAUACCAUCCACCACUACUGCAAUGGAUACCAACAUGAUGGGUUACUACGACCCACAACAACAACAACAACAACAGCAGCAAUUUGAUCUGCAGUUCGGGUACCCAGCAGCACCAGCAGCGACGAUGGAGACCGCAGCGCCCCAGGUAGUACCGGUACAACCACAACAAGAUCCAUUAGCGGGCAUGACGGGUCUACGCCAUCAUUACACCACAAUGCCCGAUAUCACUGCCCAACACUUUGCACCAAACGUGCAUACCGCCAUGAACUUUACCAGUGGUAAUAGCGACGAGAAGCGUGGACUGAAGAAGAAGGAGGACGGCGUCAAGCCGACCAAGGCCAAUCGGGUCUCCACAGAAAACAAGAAGCAGAUGGCAACGCUGUUCAAUGUAUUUACCAGUGUUGGCGAGCCUGUCCAGCGCAUGGCCAAGGAAGAAGCAGCAAAGAAGAAAGAAGAUGAAUCGCGAGACAAGGAGGCUCAAAAGGAUGAUGACAACGACGACGACGAACAAACCAAGAAGGUGAAGAAACAGCAAGACGACGAAAAGAAGAAAAAGAGCAGAGAGGUUAUGGACUUGUUAGCAAGCGACUUGUCGACGCUGGAUAUCAAGUCAAACAAGCCGAGCAGUAGCAGUGUCAACGGUUUAUACCCUGGUAGCAGCAGUAGCAGCAGCAUUGGUCAGCAGCAUUCACGACAACGGCCGCAAUCUCCACCGAACCGAGUACAGCAACGACGAAUGCAGCAAGGUACAGCAACAGCAGCAGUCGUAAACAAGCAACAAGAUGUGUCGUUGCAUUCGACGAAUGAACGGCAUCGUGUUUUAAUCGAACAGAUUAGAGAUUGGGUGAAUGAGAGUUAUGCGAUGAAGAUGAAGAAGAAGAAUGACGCAACAAGAAGCAGAGCAAGAGGAACGACGGGAACGACGACAGCACAGCCGGUGCACUAG